UUUGAUCAAUGAAAAUUGUUCCUUUUCAGUAACAAAAUAAAAUUUGUGUAUUUUUCACAAUUUCAGUGUUAAAUAAAUAAUUUAAGUACAAUGGCCAACGUUGAUGCGGUACCGGACGAUGAAGAAGAAGUACAAGUUAUUCCAGUUAAUGCUGUACCAAGAAAUAUUUAUGGCUUACGUUCUGAAGUUGUUGGUAAUGUACAAUACUCCUACAAUGGUGAUGUUGUAUAUCCGGUCGAAAAUGUAAUUGUCUUCCAUAAUUUCUUAAAUAAUAAACAAAAAUUUCUGCGAUUGCCAGUAGACACCACUCCACUUAGAAUGACCAUGGCAUCUUCAAAAAAGUUUUUAGCUGUUUUGGAACAGAAUCCUACAGAUGGUUCUUAUAUAUCUGUCUACGACAUGUCUACUCUGAAGAAACGUAGACAUUUAGUUCUACCCGAAAAGUUUCAAGAAAUUGAAAUAAAUGCAAUGCUGUUUACUUAUGACGCAAGAGCAAUAGUUCUGAUGACUAAAUGUGCUGAAGCUUCUCUACUCAUGCUUACCUUGGAUAAAUCGAGUUCUGAAGCUGAAUGUACCUUGCCAUCGACUGAUAAUGAUCAAGGGUAUGAAUGCAUGGCAUGUCAUCCAGAAGAUAAUGCACUGGUAGCAAUAGCAGGAACUGGCGUACUGAUUUUCCUGUGCAAAGCAGAAACAACCAUUACAGUUAGUUCUACAUGCAAAUUCGCCUACAAUAUAUGCUCGAUGUAUUUCUUGGCCUCGGAUUUGUUAUUAAUGGGUUCAGAUGAUAAUGACUUAAUAUUAGUUGAGAAUGGCGACUUCAAAACUCAUCAAAAAGCAAAUACUGCAGAAUCAGUACAUAUACUUAAGGAUCAGGAACAAAUGGAUAAGGAGCUGGCGAAAAUGCUACCCUCUGAUGAAGUAUUAAAGGAUAAACGUGUUACUUUUGUAACAAAUUUGAGAGAUGCAUUUGUAUUUGUGCUAUUUAAUAGAGUAUUUGUAUUUGAAAAAGAAACCAAAUUCGAAUAUGUGCGAACAACUGUUAUAACUUUGCGACCAAGUGAAUUUCCGGAAGAGGCUUAUCAAAUAAAAAAUAUAGCAUUUGAUGAUGUUAUGGAAAACAUAAUCGUUUCGCCAACUAUAUCUCAAAUCUAUACAAGUCGACUAUCAAUGACAGAAGAUGAAUUCUAUAUGAUUGAAGAUGAUGAAGAAAAAGAAGAAGAGGAAGAGGCUACGAGCUAUAUGCAAUUAUAUUUUAAACCGCUUGGUCAAAAGCUGCAUGUAGAUGGAAUUGUUGAUGUUUCAAUUUGUUCAUGGAAACCUAUUGUUGUAACAGCUUCCAAAGAUCAAACUGUGCGAAUUUGGAAUUAUGAAACUGACGAGAUUGAACUUGUACGCAAAUUUCAAGUGGACGUUAACCUCGUUGAACUUUGCUGCACUGGCUUUAUGGUUGCUAUUGGAUUUGCGGAUCAGCUGAGAUUAGCACAGAUUUACAUGGAGGAUUUAGAUAUUGUUAAAACCUUCAAUUUUCCUCGCUGCACAAUUGUACGUUUCUCUAAUCUUGGUGCUUACAUGGCCGCUGGGUAUGAUAAUUGCAUAUCCGUUAUUACAGCUCUGAAUUUCGAAACGGUGAUACAUUUGAAGGGUCACAGCGGUAUCAUUUUGACAUUAGCUUGGACGAAAAUGGAUGAUACAAUUGUUUCUGGUGGUGCAGAGGGUGCAAUUUAUCAAUGGGAUGUUCAUACCGGUGAACGUUUACAAGAAAUCGUACAAAAAGGUACACAAUAUAAUACUGUUUGCAUUGGUGGUACCGACCCCAUAUCUAUUUAUGCUAUAACAAAUUACGGUGUGGUGCGUGAAUUUCAAAACUCGGAGCUCGUUCGAGAAAUUGCAUUACCAACCGAAAUGAAAGCCCCUCUAAUUGAUAUGUGUUUAUCACGUUCUGAUAUGGUUAUGUUUGUUUCCAAUACCUUGAACGAUUUAAUAAAUAUACAUUGUCCCUUCAGUGAAGCAGGAGGUGGUAGAUGUAGAAGUUUUCGUUUUUUUGCCUCACCAAUUAAGCGUCUCAAAUUUACUUUCGAUGGUUUGAUGCUAAUAACAGCUUCAGAUGCAGGCACUCUUGGAUUUUGGGUAUUAGAGAACAUUGAAGGGCGUAUUGCAAUCAUGGACAAGGAUCUAUUACGCUGUCAAGAAAUACUCAUUCCUCGUUCUAUUUUACAUGAUAAAAUCGAACAGGUCAAAAAUCUGAAUCUUCGUUUAAAACAACAGGCAGAGGAAUUUGCCUAUCAACUGAGUCAAAAUCAACUUUUCGAUGGACAACAAUUGGCUGCUGUGCACAAGAGUUACUGUGAUGCUAUGGAACAACUCAGGGCGUUAAAUAAUCAAAGUGCCCAACUUCAUGUAGAGGAUAUGAAUGCAGUUACUUUCAAAAUGACUGAAGUAAUCAAUGAACACAAUAGGAAACUUAAGAAUUUAGAAAAUCAAUAUGGUGAGCAAAUGUUGAUGGAGUAUCAAAAGUUUUCGAAUCUGCGAGAAACAAUGCUAAAAGUGCGUAAAGGGUAUGAGGAGAAAUUGCAAAAAUCUGCAAGUACAUUACAAAACACUGUUGAGGGUCUGGAAGAGGGAUACAAGAUGCAAUUAAAUGAACGCAGAGAGCUGCUACGUGAGCUCAUUAAAGAGAUGCAAAAUAAGAAGGCGGAAUAUUUUGAGUACUGUCGGCAGGUGGAUAUUGAAAGCCAAAGAACUUUGCAUGACACAAAGAUGAGCUAUGAAAAUAAACUGCAAGAUGAAAAAAAUUCAGCUCAAUUAUGGCGAGGACGAGCUGGAGUUUACAGAAAAAAAUACGAGUUAGUGGGUAUAGAAAUUGAAAACUUGUUGGAAGAGUUGGAAAUACUUACCGAAGAGAAUACUAAGUCAGAGAAGAUUAUUAAUAAAGGUAUGCGUGACAUUGAUGAUCUGCAGAAAGAUAUCGCUGAUAGAGAUUAUGUUAUUAGCACUAAGGAAAAACGUAUACAGGAACUAUUUCAUAGAAAUCAGGAACUUGACAAAUAUAAAUUGGUGUUAUUGCAUAGAAUCACCGAAUUGAAAGCACAAAUUGAACCUAAAGAAUAUUUACUUAAUGAUAAACGCAAGAAAAUUAUAGACAUGGAGAACGCAUUAGAAGAUUUGAAUCAAGCAAAUAUUCGUUUAGAAGCUGAAAUCGAAAGUGUUAAGGGUAAAUAUUACGAUACCAUUGAAGAGCUCAGAAAUGAAAGAAAUCGUGCCAAAGCAGCACGGGAGCGCAUCAACAACAUGCGUACUGAAAUAUAUCAAUUGGGCGCUAAAAUUAAUUUCCCUAAACAGAUGCGAAAAAUCGUACAAGAUAUGUAUAAGAAGUAUGUAAAUAAAGAACCAAUCAAGAGAUCCAUAAAUAUGGAUAAAUUGGUAAGAGAGGAGUAUUUCAGGCAACGUAAUUAUAUUGAAAACAAAAUUAAGAACGAUAAGGAGAAAUCAAAGCAUAACGUAGUCAAAGAAGAAUGCGAUGCAAUAUUUAAUGAAAAUAUGGAACUAAUGAGAGAAAUUGAUAAACUGCGUGCGGAAAACAAUUCAAUGAAAGAAAAAGCACUAAAAAAGCAAAAAGCUAGAAAUGAGGCAAAAUUAAAAGGAGCAAAGAAAAAGGCAGUAAAAAAAUAA